AUGGCCUCUCGAGAUCCAACCUGCCAAGCAGUAAACUUAUCUGAUGGCUAUCCGUGUAAUGCUAUCGCUACAACUUGGGAGAAUCUAUUUUGUAGAUUUCACGGAAAACAAUGCCAUGGCCUCUAUAUCGGCUACAAGAGACGAAAUGCUAGAUUGGAUGCUCUGACAGAAAAUGCCCCCCUUUACCUAAAAUCAGCUAAGGUUCCGUUAGCCAACGAGACAUUCGAGGGUGUCAGCGAUGAGACUGUUCUACGGGAGGUACAUGCUCACCUUUACCAAGAGUAUGUGCUUCUUGGAAAGGUUAUCGACGCACGGAAGCUUCAUCAUAAGCACUUCUACCCGCUCCAGAUGGACUAUGGCCACCAGGCUUAUCUGGACAUUCUUUCUAAUAGACGUCAUAUCGUUUUGCGCGCGCUUGAAAGGCUUGAGACCCGCACUGUUCAGGUUCUCUACGAGAAAGAGAAAUGGUAUAAAUGGGUUCGCGAAGUUCAGCAGGAAGAAGAGGCAACUCGUGAGAAAGAAUCCAAGAAAGUCAAGCUUGAGGCAGCCAUGUUCAAGCGUCACUGGAAGAAGAUGCAGAGUCGCCUACGGACCCAGCGCGAGAAGGAGGAAAAGCAACGCCAAGAUGCCUAUCUCGAAACCGUUUACAAGGAACGCAUGUCUAUAUCAGAUGAUAGCGAAGACGAUGUGGAGAUGUGGGAUCCCAUCGAAGAUGUUGUCGAUGACGAACGCAGUCGAUAUGUCGACCUCAUAAAACAUUUCCUGUGGAUAAAGGUUCUGGCCGACAUUGACGAAAGCGAGAAUCCCGUCCCGAAGGUUUCCGAUUCCUCUGAUCCAGCUAAUCCAGUCAUUGAUAUGGAGAAGCUUACAGUAUCUGAGGAGAAACAGCCCAAAAAAUCAAAGAAGAAGGCAAAGUCGAAAACUGUCAAACCUGCAGCUAUGACAAGCAAAGCUAAACCUCAAGGAGCCGUUGUCGCCACAUCCCGAGACCGGUUGACAGGCCAAAGCCAAAUCAUGAAAAUGAUGGACGACGAUUUAGAGCCUCUAGAUGAAUUCCCGGAGCCGGAUAAGAGCAAUAUAGAGACAGAAUCCGAAAUGAGAAAACGUCUCAAGGAAGGCGUAGAAAAGAACUAUGAUGAUAUCGAGGGUCCGAUUUUGGUUGGAACCUUGGAAAAUCCCCAUGGCACCCACCUUAAGACGGCUCCCUUAGCAGACGAAGAGAUUGAUUCUCUAAUGAGAGACAUAAAGGAAAUCAAACUCUUAUUGUUCUGCCGUCUCCUCUUAUCGCAUGCCUCAUUGCUUCUUGCGGCUGUGCGGUCCUCAAGCGUGGAGGCAUUCCUUAGCGACCCUGAGAUUGCUGUAUCCGACCUGCGGGAUCUCUGCCUGAAAGUGGAACAGCCUAAUGAGCCCGAGGUGGAGGAGGACGAUGACGACAUCCCCGAGGAAGAGUCAUUUGAAGAUGUUAUCCUCCAAGAACGUCGAUAUGGCCAUCUUCAAAGCCCUGCCUGGUUUCUGACCAAUAUGCUCGCCCAACGUCAAAAGUUCGUCGGCAAAGACGGGCAGCCCGCAAACUUUAAGAAGAUGUUUGGCAAGAAAUCUCGUAAACAGGGCAAGAUGAAAGUCCACAUCUGUGGUAAGAGUAUCUGGAACUAUUCAAGCGAAAACUCCAUGUCUCGGAAUGGCUGGCUCCAAUUCUCUGUCAUGGCAAAAGACUGUGACCUAAGGCAUGCUGUCCAGCUUUGUAGAAACUGGGAUGAAGUCUCCCAGCUUAACUUCCUUACCGUUUGGCAAUACUUCCCCGCGUCGAACUGGGUUUCUUGGGGAAGUGAUAGGCUGACGCAACAGAUGCAUGAGCUUGGGUUCUUCCCCUAUUUUAAGGACUUCGACGCCCAGAAGCAUAGCCGAUACCUUCAGAUUGGUGCACGGAGCCAGCACCGACGCCAGCACAAUAUCGUUGAAGCUAGAAACAUCAUUGUCGGCCACAUGAAACGCAACGACUCAGUGACUCGCCGUUUUCUCCAAUACUGUACUAUGCGCACCGGCGAGUUGCUUGUCCUUGUGCGAGACGGUAAAACCGGAAAGAUCAUCACUGCCCCCGAAGAAGAGCAUCUGUGGACCAUGCGCCAUAAGGAGGGACUUGGUCGUGCUUCAAAGAAUGAAUGGGAUAUACUACUCGAAGUUGGCCCUGAGUACUUUGAUAUGGUCGACAUUCUCAGAAAAUGGCGCCUGGGAUUCGAAGAUUACUAUGAAGUUUGGCUCUGGGAUUUCGUUCCCUGCAACAAGCCUGUACUUCUCUACAAUAUAAUUGUUACGGAACUUCGAAAAGCGUGGAGGGUGACCAAACCUUUCGAUGUGUAUCGGCAUAGAGAACCAUUCCUACGAGGUCUCACGCGGGAUAAAGAGACGAUGCGCGUUCGUUCUAUUCAGCCGGGAGAACAAGUUGAAACUUUGUGGGACGAGGUCACCGACCCCUCCAACACAUUUUUGACAGCGGAUAUUGCUCCUUUUAGGGAGGUUACCAACUCGAUCACCCGAUUAGAGACGACACCCUCUACGAUGAUUAACGUCCUAGCCGAAGGAGCCAGAAAGCUCAGCAAACGGAACAAAGAUUUUCCUAAACUCCCUGACGCUGACAACGACGAGGACUGGAGUACGGAUCUCGAAUCCGAUAGUGACGAUGACGGCGAGAAGAAAGUUGUAAACCACUGGAGCUUGCCGCAGAUAUGGGAAGACGCGAUCGCAAUACUUAACCAUAGUCGUCUUAGUAGCGAGAAGAAGAAAUUGCUCCAUCAAGUUGGCAUCGGCGGUGUGGAAUCAAAAUUGAAACAAGUAGACAAAAUCAUGGUUUUGGAAAAGGAUCGUGGUGACGCUUUCAAAGAGGCAUUCCAUGCCGGGGACUUAGAACCGGGCGCUCAGGAGAAGUACGCCGAGACUCGCAAGAUCCUCGACAGCAUCCUCGGGUCUCACCAGACCAACGAGUCAACAGCCUGGAUCUGGUUUCUGGUUGACAUCCUCGUCUGGCUCGGGCUCAGGACCGACUAUAAGGAGUACACGCGCGAUUCACGCGCAGGCUGGCCGCAUCCGUUUGUUGCGCAGGAUAUCAUCAGAGCAUACGUUUCCAUGGCCAUGUUCUUUCCAAGCUUGGAGGUGUGCAAGCCCGUGACAGACUUUUUCAAGUCAACAAAGGGCAAAGAAUAUAAGGACACUUCACUUCUGAAGCUAGACGAGCGUGCUAAGGAACUCCCGGAUUGCCGCUUAAGGACAAGCUUCAGAUACCGACCGAAAGAGUUUUGGAAUGAGUGGGAGGGAGUGCUUAAGGAAGCUGAAACGAAGAAGAAAUUCUAUGCGGACAUAUACCCGAUGGAAUGGAGCGUUGCAAUUCGGCCUAUCAUAGCGAAGCGGAAGUCUCGUGUAUAUCUCGCCGGCAUCAUCGCCCCUGCAUAUCUACAGAAUGACCCGCUGGUCGUUCCCGGAUUCGCCGUUGCAAACACGGAGCCGCACCGCCCGGGCAAGCUAGAUCUGUUCAUGGACUACGCCGACCGGGAGAAGACGAUCAACUUUCCCCAGCAAAUCCCUGGCUUCGUUAGUCCCGAUAAGUGGCCCGUAUUCCUCCCUCUCGCCCGUGAUUUCGCUUCCAAGCACAGCAAGCCGCGGUUCGCGGUCCUCCGCGUCUGGUCGGCGCCGCAUUUCUACCCGGCAAUGGUGGGCGACUGGAACCGGCAGGCCACCGCGUUUCUCGACAGCACAGCGCGGUCUUGGGUUUGGAAGUUCAUCCCCAAGGACAUGCCGAUCAGCGAGUGGAGCAUGCACAAUACCCUGAAGAUGCGGCUCGAGCUUCUCAAGGAAGAACUCCAGGUGGGAGAACGCGUGGUGCACCGCGGCGAGACCAUCCUUGUCAUGGCGCUCGACGAGGCCGAGCUGCUGAAGUACGUCACGGCGGUGGUAUUUGCGAUCCAGACGAAGCCGUGGCACCGCGAGAUCAACCUCUGGAAGAGUUUCGUCAACGUCGAUUUGGAGUUUCUGGAGAGUUUGGAUCCAUACUGGUUGGAUUGA